GAUGCUACUGCGGAGGGUGGUCGGGGGAGGCCGGGCGGUAGCCGCCGCGGCCCGUGGCUCGGCAAGUACCAGGAGGGGUCUUGGCAGCGUCGAAGGGCACGUCCGAGAGGCCGUUGUCCGGCGGCCCGCACGUACCGGGAGGAGCCCUGGCCCCUCCACCCGCACGUGGGGACGGAGCCGGGAGGAUCGCGCGCUGGCCGCCGCCGAAGGGCCCCUCGCUCCUCUCCUCCAUCCGCUUUUACCGAGUCCCCGCCCCGGAAUCUGUGGAGGGGCCGCUUAGCCCCGGGAGAGGAAGCAGCCCGGUGAACGGCCACUUUCCUGUUUCUCAGUAUCCGCCGAGCGCCUGUUGUGCGAGACCUUCUGGGCUCUGGGGAUUGGCCGUGGACAUGGAGCGGAUGAUGCUCCUCGCAGGACUAGUUAGAGAAAUAAGUGAAGGGGCUCGCGGGUUCUCCAGCCCAGACUGCUGCCAGAGGCUUCCUGGAGGUGGCAGCUUUCUUCAAAGGCACCAUCCCGGAGCGCAAGCCCCUGAUGGGCGCAGAAAAUUCGGGACAGACAACGUACAGGUGGGCUCCCAAGCAGGUGCAGACGGCACCAGGCCGCCCAAGGCAUCGCUGCCCAGUGGGGGCCCCUCAGAACCCCAGUACCCGCUGCCACCUGAGCUCCAGCCGCCCACAAACUGCUGCAUGAGUGGCUGCCCCAACUGCGUGUGGGUGGAGUACGCGGACAGGCUGCUGCAGCACUUCCAGGACGGUGGGGAGCGGGCCCUGGCUGCCCUGGAGGAGCACGUGGCUGAUGAGAACCUCAAGGCCUUCCUCAGGAUGGAGAUCCGGCUCCACACCAGGUGCGGAGGCUGAGCCAGCCCUGCUGGACUCCCUCCACAGGACGGAGUCCAGGACGCAGCCACAGCCUCCUUCCUUCACACCCCCUCACGGACUCCUUGUGUCCAACGGGAAUAGGAAGAAUUAUUUAUUGACUUCACCUGAGAAAAAAAUAAAUUCUCUGUGGUGGUUUCACAGGAA